UUCAUUCAGUUUUCACUUCUCUCAUUUUUCUCUGCCUUACAUUAAUACUCUUACUGUCAACACAUCUCAAUUUGUUCAUCAAACACCAAACCUUGGAUUCUUACUUUAAUUCACAUAAAAAUACAUAAUGGUCCUCCAGAAAUCAUCAUCAUCAACAUCAUCUAUGGUGUUUAAAGUAACAAGGAAGCCAGCAGAAUUAGUUGCACCGGCUGGACCCACUCCCCAUGAGCUUAAGCUUCUCUCCGACAUUGAUGACCAACAAGCUCUACGCAUCCACUAUACAGUGGUUCAGAUCUUUCCAUAUCAGGCUUCAAUGAAAGGUAAAGAUCCUGCCCAUGUCAUCAGGGAAGCGUUGUCCAAAGCACUAGUAUUCUAUUAUCCAUUUGCUGGGAGACUUAGGGAAGGUCCUAGGGGAAAACUUAUGGUGGAUUGUACUGGAGAAGGUGUGUUGUUCAUCGAAGCUGAUGCAGAUGUUACACUUGACCAUUUUGGUGUUGAUUUUCUGCCUCCAUUUCCUUGCUUUGAUGAGCUCCUCUGCGAUGUUCCAUCUUCCCAUGAUGGAAUUAUUAACUCUCCGCUCAUGCUUUUUCAGGUGACACGGCUCCAAUGUGGCGGCUUCAUCUUUGUUAUUCGUGUGAACCACACAAUGUGUGAUGGAAGUGGAUUUAUGCAAUUCAUAAAAGGCAUAGCAGAAAUAGCCCAAGGUGCAGUAAAGCCUUCGAUCCUCCCAGUUUGGUGUAGGGAGCUUCUUUGUGCCAGAGACCCUCCAAUAGUCACGUACUUGCACCCUGAAUACAACCAACUACCCCUUGAAGACGACAACAAAUGUGCCUCCUUCAAACCCUGCCAUGCUUCCUUCUUCUUUGGCUCCAAAGAGAUUGAUGCAAUGCGCUUCCUCCUCCCUCCUCACAUUGCUCAAUCUUCCAACACCUUCGAUGUCCUCACUGCAUGCCUCUGGCGUUGUCAUACAGCUGCACUGCAUUGGCAAAACCCUAAUCAAGAGGUUCGCUUCAUGUGUGUAGCCAAUGCACGUUUUGAACCUUGCAGGCUUAAUCCUCCACUACCUGAAGGGUAUUAUGGCAACGCUUUUGUGCUUCCUGCGGCAGUUUCCACUGUGGCGAAGCUAUGCGGGCGGCCCUUGAGCUAUGCAUUGGAGUUGGUGAAGAAAGCAAAGAAAGAAGCAAGUGAGGAGUAUGUUCACUCUACUGCUGAUCUAAUGGCCAUUAAGGGAAGGCCUGCACUUUCCUUGACAGGGUCCUUUAUAGUGUCAGACAUCACAAAAUUUGAGAUAAGAGAUGUGGAUUAUGGAUGGGGUAAGCCUUUGUAUAUUGGACCAGAUAAGGCUGGUAUAGAUGAUGUUCCUAGUUUGAGCUACUUUAUUCCAUAUACUGAUUCUAAAGGAGAGUAUGGGAGAGUUGUUUUAAUUUGUCUGCCAGAAGAAGCUAUGAAAAGGUUUGAGAAAGAGCUUCAUGGAAUACUUCAGAUCAAAGAUAAACAAAAACCUAUCAAGUCAAUUUCCAAUCUGUAGUGGAUGGUUGAUAUGAAUAUCAGAAUAUGCAUGCAUGUCAACUAAUUAGUUUUAUAACUUGUCUGUGUUUGGGUGUGUUGUUUUUUUUAUAUAUGUAUUUUUAAU